UAUAGACAUCCGAUGUGCCAUGUUCUUCGACAAAUUCCCCUUCGACAAGCAAACGUGCCACCUGGACAUUAGCAGCUAUUUCUACAGCACCGACGACAUGGCCUUCGGGUGGGAAGGAGACGGGAUCAACGCCGCACCCGACAUCCCAGACGCUCUCAGCAAUUACUUGUUCACUUUCCACCAAGAGAACCUCACUGCGUGCCACAAUGACGCAUUCGUAAACGGACAGUACCCGUGCCUCAAGUCGGUCAUGACGUUCACGCGAAGGUACAGAAGCUUCCUGAUCGGCGUCUACUUCCCUAGCCUCAUCUUCGUCGUGGUGGCUUGGGCGUCGUUCUUCUGGCCUCCUGAGGCGAUCCCAGCGCGCACAGUCCUCCUCAUCACGCUGCUGUUAUCGACAAUCUCCCUUUACGCUGGCAUUCAACAGAUAACACCACCCACAAACUACACACGGGCCAUCGACAACUGGUUCUUCGCUUGCAUUGUGGCCAUCGCGUCUGCUCUCUUCCAGUAUGCGACCAUUCUUCAGAUUCGUAAAAUGCAAGACCCUAGUAGAGAGAAGGUUUUGGUAAGUCUUAAAAUUCUCAACAAGGUCUCCUCCAUCUAUUAACAGACUCUUGACCUAAAUGAUCGGAAUCUUAACAGUUAUUCAGUUUACGGAUUUGAAAUAUACAUUUUUUAUUCUAAUGAACGGAUAUCACUAUAGUAAAUUCACAUCA